AUGACGGGGAAAUCGGUGCGCGAUGUGGAGCGGUACCAGGCGGUGCUGGGCAGCCUGCUGAGCGAGGAGGAGAACAAGUACUGCGCCGACUGCCAGGUCAAAGGGCCACGAUGGGCGUCCUGGAACAUCGGCAUCUUCAUCUGCAUUCGUUGUGCUGGCAUCCACAGGAACCUGGGCGUCCACAUCUCCAGGGUGAAGUCUGUCAACCUUGACCAGUGGACGCAGGAACAAAUACAGUGCAUGGAGGAGAUGCUCAAUUUUGCAGUGCUGGCAGCCACCUCCUUCCCAUGA